CACAAACAACCGUCCCUGCGCAACGCCGUCUUCAACCGAUCACCUGCAUACACCGGACCUGACCUUGCAUACAGCUUACCUACCUAGCCAACCGGACUACCGAAUAUAAACUCUCCGCAAAGCCUCCUCCUCUUCUUCGACGCCUCUCUUUCUCUUCCUUCAAAUGCCCCCAAACUCCACGCUCCUCCUAAGCUCACUCCAAAAGUUGCCCCGCCUUCGGCUCCGGAACUCCAUCCUCAACUGCAGCGCCCCGCCAUCGCCUUCCCGGUCUCGCGCCUUUGGGUCUCUCUGCUUACCUACACCGACGACGUCGACGAAGACUACCUGCCGAGGAGCCAUCUGCGACACACGGCCACAACAGCCACCCCAAAACCGCCGAUUCUUCGCAACCGGCGCCGAUCGUCAAGGACGAAACGUAGUACUGCUCGGACAAGAAGUGGGCGUCGAGAGAAUCACAGACGAAAUGGCGGACCGAAUUCACCGCGUGACCAUGUUCAAGAUUGCCGAUGAGGGGCAGCAGAAGCAGUUGAUUGAGCAGUACAAGAUUCUGGGGGGCUCGCAUAAGAAGGACGGAAAGCCGUACAUCCUCUCCAUGGUCGUCGGACCGGCCGUCGACGACCCGCGCGCCCAGGGCUUCACCAUUGUCGCAAAGACCGAGUUCGCCUCGCUCGAGGACAUGAAGUACUACGACGACGAGUGCGCCGCCCACGGCGUACUCAAGUCCUUUGUCAAGGGCAACCUCACUGUCGGCGGCGUCAUGUCCGUCUACUUCAAGCCCGAGGCCGUUGCCGUCUUGUAGAUGUGUUUUUGUGACAGUUGGGAGAAGAACACCCACCGUAGUCCUGCCAGGGUCGAUGGGAGAUCCAGAGGGUACUCGGAAUGGUUGCGUGUAAAGGGGAAUCCAUUCAGGGUGAAAAAGAGAAACCUGUGAUUUCUCCGUGUCUCUGGUGUAAUAGAAACUUAUUCCAGAAGAAAAUGUCAAAAACUCCUUGUUGCCGGUUAUGGACAGGUAUCAAGCUACUUUGCAUACACGGAAUUCCUCCCCUCCAAAUCUGAAACACAAUCAUCAAUUCCUCCCCUCAUCUUCAGUCGCCCAUUGUUGCCUCGAACCGUUGUUUUUUAUCCAUUUGUUUUCUUUGUUUUUUUCUCCUGCAGAGCUAACGAUUGACAAUCGCCUCUGCAAUAAAAACCACUUACAGCCCGGGAUAUGAGAUAAAGGAAAUAAGCCGCAUCACCGACAAAUCGACAAGAGAAAACAGGCAUAAGACCACAACACGCACACACGAGAAGCUACACGAUCACGAAGCGGCGGCAACAGCAGGAGCGGAAGCCGGAGCAGUCGCGGGCGCCGUAGUCGAGGCUGCAGUCGUAGCAGCAGUCGUGGCAGCCGCGUCAGUAGCGGGAGCGGCAGGGGGCUGCGUCAGGGUGCCCUCGGAGAAGUUCUUGAGCCCCUCCAUCCAGGCGGCGAAGCCCAUCUCGAGCUGGCCGACCAUGGUGAAGCGGAGGACUUGGGCGAGGGGACCGUAAAAGGUCUCCCAGCAGCGGUACUCCGUGCCGUUGCCGUCCUCGGUCUCGAGGAACUCCUGGACGCGCUCGGACUUGAGGACAAAGGGGGGCACGAGACCGCCCGUCUUCCAGCAGACGCGGUAGCCCUUGCGGCCGCGGUGGACGGGCUGGGUCUCGCCGUUCGCGACGGCGGCGGAGGGGGCGGCGUGGGUGUACUCCUCGAGCUUGGUGACGACGAGGGCCUGCUUGGUGGUGGUCUUUGCCGGGUCGAGCGUCAUGUGGACCUCAAAGGUGACGUGGGUGCCCUCGAGGAGGAGCUCGCCGGGCUGGUUCUUGGCGGCGGCGGAGUCGGCGAGCAUGGGGGGGACGGCGAGGCCGGAGGGGCGGGAGACGGUGGCCUUGGGGACGAAGGUGUUCCAGGCCGGGUAGGUGGCCGGGUUGAGGACGGCGGCGAGGACGGCGGUGGGCUUGGCGGCGAUGGGGGUGGCGCAGGCGAUUGUGAGGACGGCGCCGACGUCGCCGUGGGACGGAGUCGCGAGGGGAGGGGAGACGGGGGUGGGCGUCAGGGAGGUGGGGAUGGAGUCGGUGCCCUUGUCGAGGGCCUUUGGCGACUUGGGCUUGAGCUGGUCGGGGAUCUGCUUGAUCGAGUCCGGGAUGGUGAUUCUUUGGCGUAUGGCCUCCAUUGUUUGUUGUUGAUGAUUAAUGUUACUGACGGACUUCUUUUGGGGUAUCUCUGGGUAUAAUGAUGGAUUGGUGGAAAUCAAGCCGGUAUCACAAAAAAACUCGGUUCAAAAGAGGAAGAAGUUUUGCCGGAUGGGUAUUUGAUGUAAAAGAUGAAGGAAAGACGGCGAACGGAGAAAGGAUGGAACGAUGGAGGAGGAGGGGGGGAGGGGGAAAGUAAAGGAACUCAAAAGUAGGGCGAGGAGGCAAAGAGAGGGCACACAGGUAAUAGAAACGGGAGCGAUUCAGGUUAAUUGUAUCAAAUGGACGGGAUUGGGCUUUAGACUUCCUGGUCUCGUGAGGAGAUGCGCGUCAUGGGAUGGGGGGAGGGAUGUAUGGAUGCCGGCGGAGGAGGAGGAGACAGAUGGUAGAAGGAGGAGGGGCUUGACGGUUGGUUGCUCCAGCUGGAUGAGGUGUAUCCAAGGUGUAAGGUGUAGAGGUGUAGGUGGAAGACAGCAGAGAGCAGGGGAGGAGGGGAGGAGAGAGGGGCUGUGAAUCUGUGAUCAAACGGUAGUGUCGUGAGCGUGAUGUGAAGCUGUGGUAUGAGGCUGGCCCGAGCAGACGGUUGGGAUAUAGGUAGAUAGGUGGGUGUGUAUGGAUGUGUAUGGAUGUGUAAGGUAAGGUAUAUGUGUGUGUGGUCGCUAUGGUGUGUCGAUGAGCGAGAUUUGAUGUGCGGUGGGUGGUGGUGGUGAAGGUAAGGUAGGUGUAGGUUGCCGACGAUGAUGAGAUUGGCGACCGCCGACGGGCGAUUUUUAGUGGAAACCUGCGCCAGCGAAAACCGAUGGAGA